AUCAUUUUCCAACCAACAUUCCCACGAAGAAGAAAACAGGAAACAAGACCCGCAGUUACAGACCUAACCUAUCCUCACUUCACUUCAAUGGCCCUCUACUCUAUCACACCACUGCUUCAUCGUUUUCUUUCUCCCCCUCACUUCCUCUGUUACUCUCCCCACAAUGGCCGAGCCUCAUUCCGCCGCCGCUCCUCCUCCUCCUACUUCUUCCGCGGAUAACCGUGACGCUUCGACGUCGGGUGAAAAUGCGGCGGAGAACGGCUCUCGGGAUGGAUUACGGUCACCGGAGUCUCGGCGCGUGAACAUCACGUUCGGAAGGUCCAGGUGGAGUCUCGGCGCUGACUCUGCCGUUAAUAGGGAUGAUAGGUGGUCCUGCUUCGCUGUCAUCUUCAGCUUUUGGUUCUUCGUUUCGGUGACUUUGAUAUUGGGGGUGUAUGGGUCGAUGAUCGUCGUUCUUGGUCCAGAAUCUUCAAUUGCUUUCCAACCUAGCCCUGUGUUCGUGCAAUAUGUGAAGGUAGAAAACUUAGAUGCAAAGCCAGGACCCAUUCUUUAUGGUACAUAUCAAUAUCCACCUCUUGAUGUUGUUACCACUUGGGGAGAAACUCGUAAUGUAUCUCUUCCUUCUGGGUCACAUAAGGAAUGGAGAUACUAUCUGAAUCGAGGGUCUCAAGUAAAUAUUUCGUAUCGGUUGAUCCCUGAGAGCUCCUCUAUUUUCCUUAUAAUUGCUGAUGGGACAGAAGGCCUCUCUGUGUGGCUGGAGAACCCAACACAUCCUAAUACAACUCUGUCUUGGAACAUAAUCCAGGGAACUGGUAUGAUUACACAGGAGAUAUUCUCAUCAACAAGUUAUUAUGUGGCCUUGGGUAAUUUGGGUGAGGAGGUGGAGGUCGAGUUAAACCUCAGCGUAAGGGCCUUCGUGCAUAAUACAACAAAUGCUUACUACAAAUGUGCUCUGACUAGCAGUCCAUGCAGUUUGAAUAUUUUCUUUCCCAAUGGAAAUGCAGCUGUCUUAGUUUCUCCUGCUCCACAACAGAACACCUCCAAUAAUGAGUGGUAUGUCAAACUGUCCUAUGGACCCAGAUGGAUGACAUAUAUUUUUGGCAUAGGUGGAUUAACUUUGCUUCUGUUCUGGACCUUCAACUACUUGAACAAGCUCCAUUGUGCCCAUGAAGAUAGAGCAGGAGUUGGAUCUGAGGGAAAUGGACCUCAGAGAGAACCUCUGCUUUCUCGCAAAGAUGAUGAUCUUUCGAGUUGGGGUUCAUCGUAUGAUUCCUUGUCACAGGAUGAGGAAGAUCUUGACUUUCACAUAGGAGGUUCCGUUGACGGGAAGCUAUUAGUUGAUGGUGAAACCAGUAAUAACACCCGGCGUCUUUGUGCAAUUUGCUUUGAUGCACCCAGGGACUGCUUCUUCCUUCCAUGCGGGCACUGUGCUGCUUGUUUUCCAUGUGGAACUAGGAUAGCAGAGGCAUCAGGUACUUGCCCUGUUUGUCGUAGGAACAUGAAGAAGGUGAGGAAGAUUUUUACUGUCUGAUUAGUGUCCUGUCUAGCAUCAAAGUCGGAGACUAAAUGAAUAGCCACUGGAACACAGAUUACUUUUUUCAGUAUUCAUUCUGUUCGUGCCAAUCAUUGACAACGAUCAAGCUAAUGGUACCUGCUAGACUGCUAGUGAGGGUUGUAUCGGCCAUUGUAUUAAAACCUGAGAAGGUGUGGUGGAUGGAUAGCACAGGAAUUGUAUUACUAGUUUUUUUCAUGAACUUCUUGCUAUUUUUUUUUUAAAUGUGGCUUAUGUAACUUAUAGGUCUAACUUUUAUAAAGAUAUGUUCAACGUGAUGGUCGUUAGCAAUUAAAAAGAUGAAGUCAGUAAGAGAAAAGUGAAUAAAAGAGAUAUAAAA